GGUUAGGGGCGCUCUGAAAUAGACACGAUACCUUUUCCUACAAUUUAUUUGGACGACAGACUCCCAGAGGCCUAUCAUCACCAACAACAUCCAUCGAGACAAUCAGCAGGCUGUCAAGCCAAACAAUCGUAGCCAACAUGUCACAACCGACAGCGCCCAUGAUCAUCAAUAUGCCCCAGCCCCCCUCUAACCCAGACACCCCCAAUGAUAUGCCUGGGACCCCGACCAGCACCACCACCUCGCUAUCUGCUCUUUCAACGACGGCCAUCAAGGACGGCCACCGCGGCCAUGCGCAUCCCAUCCCAGGCUUCGGCGGCCACCGCGGCCACCAGUACACCUCCUCGACCAACAGCCUCGAGGCCGAGCGAGCUGACCGCAUCUCCCGCCUCGCCGGGCUAGAACGGGUGUCGACGCUGCGCCCCGAGCAGCAACAACAGCCGCUGCAGCAGGGCCACUCUUCCAUCUCACCUCAAACCACGCCGACGUCUACCGGGUUCCCCCAGGGUGCUCUACAGCAGCAGCAGAUCAAUGCGCUGCCAGGCGCCGCCGCCUAUUUUGAUAGCAACGGCCAGCCGACGGCGGCGACCAAGAUGAGCACAGUCGGCAGCGCUUCCGCUACAGGCAGCGUGGGCGCGCGAACGACGACGGAAGUGGGUGAGCUGGGCGAUGACCCCACCGAGGUGGAUGAGGACGCCAUGAGUAUGGAUACCGACUACCGCACAAUGGACGUGAACUCCACCUCGGGUGUGGUAGACAACAUAGACGAUGAUGGUGCGACUCGGUCUGUUGGUGGCUUCGAAGAUCGUAUGAGCGACGAUGGCAACGCUAGCUUGGUUGGGUUCGGCGAGGGCGCGAAUAGUACUGUCAGCGGGCCCAUAUAUCAACGUCGACCGCUGCCCGGCACUGUGGGCGCAACAGGAGCCUGGGGCCUAGAAAGGAGCAGUUCGGGUCUGAGCGAGGCUGCAGUCCUGAGAGCGCAGCAGCUGAGAGAUGCCGUUGAGAACUACUCUAGUGCAGCAGCCCAAGCUGAGAGGAGGGAUCCAAGGAUGAUGAACGGAAUUGCUGCAGAUGGGGGCGGCCAUGUCGGCACAGCUGACGACGAGGCAUUUGUUGAUACUACAGCCACGGGGCCUCUUCCCGCACAGUCUGGACAGUCCAACGCCGGGUCUACCUCGCGCGAGGCUGCUGAGCGCAUUGUGAAGGAAAGAUUGGAUGGCGGCGAGGGCCAUGUUGGAAGCGCAGCGCCGGCCCUGCACAGCACUGGCGAACGGUUAGGACAGUUCUACUUUGAGGACAAAAAAUGAGGUAUUCAUCAAUGUGGGAAUAUUUGGAUUGGAGAUUAUCUUCCAAGCUAUCGUCGGGGGUUAGCCGAAUGCUAUCCGGCUACACAGCUCGAAAUUUGACACAAGAAGUUAUUCGUCAUGCGGAAGGUCUCUGGCCAAGCUUGUUUAAAUUGAAGCAUAGGCGUGUGGGAGUGUUUGAAAA